CUUAGCUUUCAUUUCUCGAAGUUACAGUAAUGGCUCACACCACCAAAAAUCGUGUUAACAUAAUCAAUACUGCCAGUGACGGGCCCGGCUGCGGGGAUCUACUCUGAAAUAUCCUCAUUCCUUGACAAGCCAGGUACCAAGAAAAUUCAAUGUCGCUUGAAACGUCUUCAAUCUUUAGAAUGGCCCUCCGCCUUUGGAGCCAGCAAGCAUGAAUGUUCAAUACUCCAACAGGACUGUUUAACUACAAAUUAGCCUUCAUUCUUACCACGCGAUCUGACCAUGCAUGAUGCAGAUCUUAGUCAUGGACACGACAGCCCGCGAUGCGUGCAUAACCGGGGACUUGCCUACUGCUGACAGGCUGCUCACCCAGGAUAUCAAUGCUGAUAGUACCGACUACAACUCUUACGCGAAUCGCUCGUUUGUUAUGGCGAGAAAAGCCGACUGGGACCGUGCACUUGAUGAUGCACUAAAAAGCAUCAGUAUUCAGGCAUCUUUGAUGGGUUAUAUCUCUAAGGGCGUCGCCCACUGUGGAAAACGACAGUUUCAAGAUGCGAUGAAAGCAUUUGACCUUGCAUUCAUGUACGUCGAUGCAGACUUAGAUAAAACUCGUCUUCUGCUCUUGAUUAAGGCCAUCGCCCUUUUCAAUGCAGGUCAACAUGAUGAGGCAAUUUUGCGCGUCCAAGAGCUAGCUAUCACUCGUCCCAAUGCCAAUUCUUUUGCCUGUGGUAUUGUGGAAGCUUAUUUACACGUCCAAGUAGGAAUGAAUGCAUUAGACGACGCGCGUCACAACGAAGCGAUUGGUCACUUCACUGCUGCUGUUAACACUAUCGGUGUCUCGUCUAUGUCGGACAUCCAUUUUAAAUAUGAUAUCUUCGUGGUGUUAUUCGGGUGGGACCUCAAGUCCUUGUGGCGAGCUGUACACCAGAGUUGGUGCCAUGCGUUCGUUCGGGCAGGUAGACUUCCAGAAGCCAUCAAAGCAUACCGAUACAUGACGGAUAGGGCCGAUGAGGCUACAAAAGCAUGCUGUCUUGAUUGGUCCACUGUUUUCAAGCAAGAUUGCAGCGUGCUCUAUGGUGCUGCUGCUGGAGUGACUGACCUCGCUGCGGGCGGAGAUGAUGCUCUCGCUGCGGGUCAUUACGAUAGGGCUAUUGAGCUUUACUCUGCGGUAAUCGAUCUUGAUUUUGCAACCGAUGCCAUCUUUGCGAACCGCAGCAAGGCGAGGUCUGGAAAACUGCUAUGGGACAUGGCACUCCUCGACGCGGAAAAAGUAAUUGAACUCGACCCCUCAUCUUACUUUGGAUAUCAGUUGAAGCAUGCAAUACUUCAUGACGCACACCGAUAUGAUGAAGCCAUCGAUGUGUUCAAAAUCAUGCUCUCGAAGUUGGACAAUGCUCUCGACACAGAAACAACAAGCUUGCGCCAACAGUAUGCUAGUCCAUCCGAAGCAGAAGGUGCUAUUCAAGAGACGAUCAAGGCUCAACUCGACGACGCCCCGCAUCGUCUGCUCGACACCUCCACCGGGCGCUUGUGCAAUCGUGAGGCACAGAUCAAGGCCUUCAGAAUGAGCACAGAGUGCAAAGAACUUUUGUCAUCCACAAUGAAGCAUGCAAACUUUCGAAUGGAGCGCAUCCAAGACACGGUGGCGAUGUACUUCCGUUAUGUCAUGCUAUCGCAUAGGUGGGAAGGAACAGAGCCGUCACUGCAUAACAUUCAGGGCAAGGUGUUAUACGACUUGGAUCCAUUUGGCGGCAUCGCCAAGUUGCAGUCAUUUUGUGAAACUACUCGUGACAAAGGGUAUCGCUGGGGAUGGAUUGAUACGUGUUGCAUCGACCAGACCAACAACGUCGAACUUCAACAAUCAGUCAAUUCCAUGUUUACCUGGUACCGCCACUCAGCACUUACCAUCAUCUACCUGUCGGAUGUUCCACCUUCGUCGAAGUCUGGCGCACUCGCAAAUAGCGUUUGGAGCACGCGGGGAUGGACAGUUCAAGAAUUCCUAGCCCCAAAACACGUCCUAUUCUAUCAGAAGGAUUGGUCCCUAUAUCUUGACGAUCGCUCUCCCAAUCACAAAGAUUCUCCUACAAUUAUGCAGGAGAUGGGAGAAGCGACGGGAAUAGAUGCACAAGCCCUCGUCGCAUUCUGUCCUGGGAUGAGAGAUGCCCGGGAGAAACUCCAAUGGGUGUCAGCGCGUGUCACCACGUGGCAGGAAGAUAUUGCAUGCUCAUUGUUUGGUAUCUUCGGUGUCAACAUGCCUGUCAUCUAUGGGGAGAAGAAGCAAAAGGCGCUUGGGAGGCUCUUGCAGGAGAUCAUAGCUCAGUCGGGUGACAUCAGUGCCCUGAACUGGGUGGGCCAAUCAUCUGAAUUCAAUAGCUGUCUGCCGGCCGAUAUUAUUUCAUAUAAAGCUCCACCAUAUACCCUGCCACCUCUGUCCGAAGAUGACAUUCAAAUGUCGAUCUCCUCGCUCCGACAUGUUAUGGCUGUGGAUUCAGCAUUAAAAAUUUACACCCUGCUCGACGACCUGAACGCGCCUCGUUUCGCAAACUGCAGACUGCAUCUGCCUUGCAUCGCAUUUCGUGUCACAGUAGUCAAACGGAGUCCCGCUGAAGACCAGGAGAUAUAUGAAGUCAAGGCCGAUGGGCUUCAUGACCUGCUGAUCACCACGAAGGGCAAGCUGAAUCAGUUCUCAUCACUACGACCCACCAUGCAGUCAUUUCUGCUUGUUCGUCCGUGGAAUCGUUAUCUCCUCGAGUUUCAUGACAUCGCGGGGUCGUCUGGCUUGGUAGAGCUGCCUGACGUUGCUGACGGUACGCAGAGCGAAGAAGUUUGGUGGUCUGCACCCGCAUCUCCAUUACAGAAUUCGCCUGGGGGGUUCCCUGAAUCACAGCAGUCGGUUGUCUCGGAACUGAGCGAUCGAGCUCUGCGAUUGAUUGUUCACCUUGAACAACCCUUUAGCGCGUUUUUGCUGGCGCAUCAGCGCGGCGCAGAAUACAAAAGAAUCGCGUCAGAUCAUGAUAUUAUUGCACGAGUCAAAGACCUUUCUUGUAUCAUGGACGUGGUCAAGACGCUAGAGAUAUUGUAACAGUAUGCAUGUGGGGUGUUUUUUACAUUAAUAAUCGAAGAGUAUGAACAUGACAUAUGAGACGAGCAAUACCCGCGGAAUGUCUUCGAAGGUGAUCUACAAAUAAUAACACAAACCUUCCAUCUUCUCUGGCCAUAGGCUGCCCUGGAUGAAUGAGGAACGCAAUCUUCAUAACGAAUCCGAGUCAAGUCAUCGUCAGCAUGUGAGCCCUAGACCCAGUGCCAAGCGAGAAAAUGAACUGGAAAUACUCCGGGCAAGACGAUCAUCGAAAAUAAGCGGCCGAUCGCGUUCACGUUCUCGCGUGGAUCUAUGUGCGAACGUCCGCGAGUAGUCGCCUGCG